GGGGGGCCAUGCCGGGGGGGGCCAGCAGCCAGAGCAGAUUGGCUGCCGGUGAUGCCUGCGGGCUCCUUUGAAAGGGCAGCGUGGGAGGUGCCGGAGGAGCAGGCAGCGGCUGUGCGUCCCACUCAGCAGGCACGGCGAUGCUGCGGGCGAGCAGCCCCACGGGCACGGUGACACUGGCACUGCUGGCUCUGGCCUUGGCACCAGGCAAAGGGCAGCACUAUGACUACUAUGGCUGGCAGCCUGAGAGCGUGCCCCGCGGGCGCUUCUACGGGCGGGAACCGCAGUGUGUCGACAUCCCAGCCGACAUGCAGCUGUGCCACGACGUGGGCUACAAGCGCAUGCGGCUGCCCAACCUGCUGGAGCACGAGUCCAUGGCUGAGGCCAAGCAGCAGGCCAGCAGCUGGGUGCCGCUUCUCGCCAAGCAGUGCCACGCUGACACGCAGCUCUUCCUCUGCUCUCUUUUCGCCCCUGUCUGCCUCGACCACCCCAUCUACCCAUGCCGCUCACUCUGCGAGGUGGUGCGUGACGCCUGUGCGCCCGUCAUGGAGUCCUACGGCUUCCCCUGGCCCGAGAUGCUGCACUGUGGCAAGUUCCCCUCUGACCACGACCUCUGCAUCGCCAUGCAGUUUGGGAACAACCAGGCCACACCACCACCAGUGCCCAAGAUCUGCACCCAGUGCGAGAUGGAGCACAAGGCGGAUGGCAUGAUGCAGCAGAUGUGCUCCAGUGACUUCGUGGUGAAGAUGCGCAUCAAGGAGGUGAUGGAGGAGAACGGGGAGAGACGCCUGGUGGCUGCCCAGAAGAAGAAGGUGCUGAAGCUGGGUCCCCUCAAGCGCAAGGACACCAAGAAGAUGGUGCUGCAUAUGAGGAACACGGGCUCCUGCCCCUGUCCCCAGCUCGACAACCUAAGUGGCAGCUUCCUGGUGCUGGGGCGCAAGGUGGGCAGCCGCCUGCUGCUCCUUGCCAUCUACCCCUGGCAGAAGCACAACAAGGAGAUGAAGUUCGCCGUCAAGUUCAUGUUUUCCUACCCCUGUCCCCUGUACCAUCCCCUGCUCUAUGGGGCCGGGCAGCACUAGGGCUCUAUCCCCGCACUCCUGCACUCGCCCUGCUCUGCAUCCCCAGUUCUGCACCCAGGCUGUGUUCAAGGAAGCCCUGAUCUGCACCCAGGAGCUCUGCCGCCUCCUGAGCCCCUUACCUGCACAUAGGACCCCUGCUUGUCCCUCAGCUGCACCCCACACCUCAACCCCAUACCCCCACCCAGCCCCCCAUACCCUCAGUAUCCCCAGAUCCCCAUUCCAUCCUCUUCAAGUACAACACCCCCCACCCCCCUGCAGAGCUCACACCCCAGCCCUGGAUCUCCUGCUUGCUGCAGGGAUCCCCCAGCCAAGGCAGCUCCCUCCUGCUCUCUGUGCCCACAUACUGCCCACCCCAGCUCCCAGAAGCCCUGAGCUGCAUGGCCCCAGCUCUCCAGCACCCCACGCCCCAGACUAACCACACUACAGUAAAUUAUUGUCUGAGAUAAUUCUAUAUCCAGCUCCCUGUGGUUCUUGUGCUCCAAAACCUUGGGGCAUCCUGGGGGACCCAUGGAAGGAGGGCAAAGGGCAGCUCAAGGGUCCCAACUCAAACCCUCCUUCCAGCACCUGGCAAGUAGCCACAGAGGGACAGGGAAAAAGAAAUAAAGCAGAGGGGUGCAUGGAGUGAGGGUGGCACCAAGUGCAGCAGGGUGCAGAGCUGGACAUUGCACCUCCCAGCCCUGGGCCCCAGGAUUUCCUACCCUGCAGCAUGGGAGUGGGGCAGCCCCAAACUGGCUUCUUAGGGGCCAGCAGGGUCCCCCCCCCCAGCCCUGUUUACCCAGUGUUUUUUAGAGUCUUCUGUGUUACAGGGCAUCCUGGCAAAAUGUCCAGACACUGGGAUAUUUACUCACCACACGGUGGCCUCACACCGCAGCUUCUCAGGGGGAGGCAAAGGGAAUUGAGGCUGUGGGAUACCCCAUGCCUGGCUUCUCCCCUUGUACUGCCCCACCAGCAAGGCACCUGCCCCAUGCUGGAAUGAGUCUUGCUCCUGUUGUACCCCAGGGCACAGUCACAGCAGGCAUCGAUGCUGACAACGGGAUGUGCUCCGGCUCCACAGCCAGCACAGGAAGGGGGCAGCCAGCCCCUGUGACAGCCUGGGGCAGGUGGUUCCUGCCCUCUCCCUUAUCCACAGCCAACAUGGAAAAAAACCGGGGAAGAAAAAUUCAAAUAGUGGUAGAAAGCAUUUUCCAAUGAGGCUGCUAAGCAGACUGCCAUCGGAAUAAACAUCAUCAAUUAUAUCAUUUACUGCACAACUUGAAGUCCACAAAUAAAACCCCAUCUCCCACAGCCCAUGUUUAUCUGUAGCCCUCUGUAUUCUGCGUCAUUAGCAUCUUUCUGAGGAGAACUUAGACAUACAUGGACAUCGCAUCCAUCUCACCAAGUGUUUUCUCAAGAAAGACGAGUAACUUCUCCCUCUCCCCCACCAUGAGCUGAACUAACCCCUUGCCCCUCCGCACACUGCCUCCCCCGCUACUCUGCCUUUGGAGCACACCCAGCACAAAGUGGGCAUGCCCAUCACCGCAGAGUUCAGCUUUUCCCAAAAUUGCCCAAGUGCAGAGCUCAAUCAAGAGAGGGGUCUAGGGACCCAUGGCUUGUGGGGAGCACUGAGACCUGUGCCCCCAUCCAGACACCCGCUUAGGGCAGCGGGUGUCCCAGCCUGAGGGCUCCAGCCUGCUCCGGGAGCUGCAGCUGGCUGGCAGGGGGCCCGGCCACAGCCGCUCCCAGCUGCAUGGCAGCCAGGGUCGCAUUCCUGGGAUAGCUGGGAGAUUUGCUGUUCGGCAGGGAAAGGUCACCCUUGUACGCGUGGGCAGCUGCCGGGACCACCACCUUGGCAGGGCAGGGAGUGAGCCCAGCUGCACCUCAACCCAGGCCAGCAGGAUCAGGCCCCAGCCCAGAGCAGCUC